CCAGGCGCACGACAUUCGGACGCUUCACCACCCAUCAACCAUUGCGACGAUGCCAGCCAAGACGACAACGACGACGACGACGAAUGCAGCGGGUAGCGAGCCGCCGGUGUUCCAAUCAGAGACACCCAAUGGCUCUCAGAAGGGUCAGGAGACAGAAGCGCGGACUGGCGAAGAAGAGGACGAGGGAGGAGAUGACAACGAAGAGGAUGCCCCUUCCAGCAGCUCUGCCUCCAAGAAGAAGAAGAAGAACAAAAAGAAGAAGAAAUCCAGCGGACCUGCCUCUUCAUCCUCAUCUCACCCCGUCUCUCAAAUCGACUCCUCCAUCCCUCUCCCGCCCGGCGUUGCGCAGCACUAUUUCGACCCGAUUAAGGGCAAAGGCCUCGUAGCAACCCGAGACUUCGCAGAGGGGGAGGAUGUCUUUAUGGACAGCGCCUUUGUGUCAGCCCCACCGAUGGCGCAAGCCAAGCACGUCGAGUCAGGAGAGCUGUGCAACGACUGUUUCCAACCCAUCGAGCAUGCCAGCCCCACGCUUGUGGUGCGAUGUCGUGCGACAGGCAGCAGCGGCAACUCGAGCUGUGGGGCUACGUGGUGCAACAGGGAAUGCGAGAAUCGAGGGAGAACGAGGCAUCACAAUCUCCUUUGCCGCAACAGCAAUCCUGCUUCGGGGCAGUUCCUUGACUUCUUGACCGGCCACCCAUACCUCAGCCUGCACAGUGUGGCCAGACUGUAUGCGAUGACUUUGCUUUGUCACUCUCAUACUCCCCCGCCUUCACUCACCUCGACCAACAAGGAUGCUCGAGCCACUCUGCAGGAGACUCUCGCCCACACUCGCGCUUUUGCUCAAAUCCACGAAGUGGCCAGGCGCAGACGCAACCCUGGCUGGGAGGUGGAAAAGAAGGCGUGGGAGGCGACGCUCAAGAAGGCGCUAGAGCUACUCAGGAUCGCCAUUGAUCCGUAUGAGCAGGGCAGGCUAGACGGAGGUGGCCAGGGUGGGAUCAGGGGCAAGGGCAAAUGGAUCGUGGAGCCCGGCUUCCCGAGGGAAGUAGCUCAACAAUUGUUUGGCUGGGAUGGCUUCAUGCGUUCGCUCGGGAGGGCCAACCUCAACCUCGAGUCACAAGGCUCCCUCUACGCAAUCCACUCACACCUCAAUCACACCUGCUCCCCAAACCUACAAGCACACCACCCCCCUCACCCGCGCUCGCGCGUUCGUCAAGCAACCAAAGUACUCCUCACUGCCACUCGUCCCAUCAGCCGCGGGGAAGAGCUAACGAUCACCUACCAAGAUCCCUCACAAGCCCUUCGUAGGCGAAACCUCCUCCUCUGGCGCGAACAUAUGUUCGGACCCUGUGGCUGCGAGCGUUGUGAGCGUGAAUUGGCUGCCUUGCCUGAAGACGAGAGGGAGGAGGCGCUACAGUUUGAGAGGGUAGACGAGGAGGACAAGGCCGAAGUGGAGGCAAGGCGACAGCAGGCUGAGCGAUUGACGAGGGAGCAGGAGGGUGGGGAGGGAGGGAAGAAGGGAGGGGGAGAGAAGGACCUGAGUGGGUUGGAGGAGGAAUUGAGGGCUAAGCUUGGCUUCUAGAAAAAGCAGAGCAUUAAAUCGCAUAUGAGCAGUCCUUGGUUUGUGUUGUAGUCCAGUGUUCCAUCAGAGGAUCCGCUCUCAUCUUCCUCCAUCACCGAAUCGCCCCCUCGGGACGUAGCGAUCCCCUUGCUCCGCAUCUGCGGCAUACCUUUUACCCCCUG